AAACCCAAUUUGUCAUCUGCAAUCGGAAUCUUUGUUCGUUUUUUCUUUUUCCCCCUUUCCGCCUAGGUUUUCUUCCCCGCGAUCUGCCGGAUUGGCGAAUUUUCCGAUCGAUCGUCGAUGGAUUGGAGUAACGUGACGGCUGAGGAUCUGGUGGAGGCGUUGCGAGAAGUGGACUGGUCCACGCCGCCGCGUCCCUUCUCGGAAUUCUUCUCCCGAUUCACCGUCCCCCGCUCCCAGACCAAAUGGACCAGUCGCCUCAAGUGCAAUCUCUACUACUACAGGUCUAAUUAUUUCUUGAUGAUCAUACUCAUUCUUGGGAUGGGAUUUCUUAGGAGGCCGCUUGCUAUUGUUGCCGCACUGACUACUGCUAUGAGCUUGGCGCUUCUGAACGAUAGUUUUGCAGCUACUUUCAGUGAAAAGAUCACAAGAACUGUCAGGCAGUUUUCUCCCCAUUUGGCUGCUAAACUUAGAGCUCCCCUCGCGCCUGUUAUUCGUGGGCGCCCUUCUACAAAACGGGCAAUAUUUAUAUGCGGACGGCCUCGAUGGGUAUCUGUUUUGGCAUUUUCUGGAGCUAGUUUCUUCCUAUGGAUUGUUUCUUGUGGUGCUCUUAUGGUCUUGUGGGCACUUGCUAUUGGCCUUCUCGCUACAAUGCUUCAUGCAAGCUUUAGAACACCAAACCUGAAAGCUCGUCUGAACACAUUCCGCGAAGAAUUCCGUGCUGUGUGGCGCAAUUAUAGUGAUCUGUAGUAGGGCUGAGAAAAUGUUAGAUUCUGCAACUAAAUUGCUUGAUGUUCAUAAUUGAUCUUUUUUAAAUAUUCAUAUGUUGGCUUUCAUGCUCUUUACUUA